CAUGGAUGAGAGGGGCUGACACCUGCGAACGCUUUGUAUAAAAUAUUACAACUGUGUCAGAGGUAUUUAACAUUCUGCCCUGGACAGCCGCAGGUUGUUGCGCAAGCGCAGCCCUUUCACUGUGCAUGAAUACGGAGUGAGGAGAGGACAGCAACUCGCGGGGACUACUGGGACUCUGCAGCGCUGGGACUUGGGUCAACACUGCAGACUUGAUGGACCGAACCGGACUCGGGAAGAAGGCGGACAAGAUGGAUGGACACAACGGGAUGAACAGCAUCAGCCCCCGACCACAUCAUCGGGCAUCAUCCGCAUCCGAGAGCAGGAGGAAGAAGACCAAGAAAGUCCCGGAUAAAGUAACUUUGAAGAAGGAGAUUGGGCUGCUGAGUGCUUGCACCAUCAUUAUAGGUAACAUUAUCGGCUCUGGAAUCUUCAUCUCUCCCAAAGGUGUCCUGGAGCACUCGGGCUCAGUGGGAAUGGCGCUGAUUGUGUGGGUGCUGGGAGGGUGCAUUGCUGCCUUGGGCUCUUUAUGCUAUGCUGAGCUGGGGGUCAGUAUUCCCAAAUCUGGAGGAGACUAUUCCUAUGUGACUGAGAUCUUUGGAGGACUUAUGGGAUUUCUGCUGCUGUGGAGUGCUGUGCUGAUCAUGUACCCCACCACUCUGGCUGUGAUCGCUCUCACCUUCUCAAGCUACGUCCUGCAGCCUGUGUUCCCAAACUGUGUUCCUCCAUACAUGGCCACACGGAUGCUGUCUGCCACCUGUCUUUUGCUGCUGACUUGGGUGAACUGUUGGAGUGUUCGAAUGGCCACCAGGAUCCAGGACAUCUUCACUGUGGGCAAACUGGCAGCUCUGGGACUCAUCAUCGUGGUUGGUCUCGUGCAGAUCUUUCACGGACACUAUGAGACCUUGACUCCACAGGUAGCCUUCACCUUUGACAAGACUCUGUCAGUGGGACAGAUGGCGCUAGCGUUUCUACAGGCCUCCUUCGCCUUCAGUGGAUGGAACUUCCUCAACUACGUCACAGAAGAAGUGGUGGAGCCCCGGCGGAACCUGCCUCGUGCCAUUUACAUCUCCAUCCCAUUGGUGACCUUUGUGUACACGCUCACCAACAUUGCCUACUUCUCCUCCAUGACCCCAGAAGAACUGCUCUCCUCCAAUGCUGUGGCUGUAACUUUUGGAGAGAAGCUGCUGGGCAUGUUCUCUGUCCUCAUGCCCAUCUCUGUGGCUCUGUCCACAUUUGGAGGGAUUAACGGUUACCUGUUCACAUCAUCCAGGUUAUGUUUUUCUGGAGCCAGAGAGGGUCACUUGCCGAGUCUUCUGGCAAUGAUUCAUUAUAAAAAAUGCACACCCAUCCCUGCCCUACUGGUCUGCUGUGCUGCCACCAUCGUGAUUCUCUGCAUCGGUGAAACACACAACCUCAUCAACUACGUGUCCUUCAUCAACUACCUGUCGUACGGUGUGACUAUCGCAGGCCUAGUGUACUACCGCUGGAAGAAGCCCUACCUCUAUCGGCCCAUUCAGGUGUCAGUGCUGGUGCCGAUCUGUUACCUGCUGUUCUGGGCACUCCUGCUGGGCUUUAGUCUGUACUCAGAGCCUGUGGUGUGUGGGGUGGGGCUUGUCAUCAUGCUCACUGGUGUACCCGUCUAUUUUCUGGGAGUCCACUGGAAAGAAAAGCCUAAAUGUAUCCUUGACUUUGUUGAGAGAGCCACACAUUUGGGCCAGAGGUUGUGUUUUGUGGUAUUUCCUCAGAUGGACCCUAUCGAGACCCCUCCUCCUGACAGAAGAAGGUCCUCAGCGCGAAGCAGCUUCUCGUUCCAUUUAUAAAGACUUUGUGCACCUCUAGGCUAUACAAGCCUCUCAGACUUUUACUG